GAUGGUAGCCGAAAAUGUAUCGGUUCAGCGUGUAUAUCAUACGAUACAUACUACUAGCUAUAGUUGGCCUGGAUCGGCUUGCCAUAACCCAGACUGUGAAUUGAUACAGCCAUACGACACUGGAUCAGGCCAUUGUAACUAAUAUCUCACAAUCGCCGUCAAGCACCUUAAAUACCAUCUUCAUCCGCUAGUACGCCCGCGAUGUCCCAAUCCACAGGCAAAAUGAAGCUUGCAGUCCUUACUUCGGGAGGCGACAGCGCUGGUAUGAAUGCUGUCGUCCGUGCCAUUGUCAAGAUCGGCAUCUUGAGAGGCUGCGAAACAUGGAUUGUACGGGAAGGAUACGAGGGGCUUGUGAGGGGCAACACCCAGGCGCAUUCAUUGCAUACAGACCUUCCAGCUGAUGCGUCUGCACUAAAAUACGCUCAUCGAGGAGUACCCACUAAUCUUAUGGAAAAUCUCCGUUUUGGAGAUGGUGACCUUCUGCGAGAUGGAACAGGUGAUCAUCACCAUGGCCGCACAUUGAAAGGUCGAUAUAUCGUUCGUGUGGGGUGGGAUGAUGUCAGAGGUUGGUUUGCUGAGGGUGGUACUCUCAUUGGAACAGCUCGAUCGGCAGCCUUUCGUACUCCAGAAGGUCGUCUCUCUGCUGCACGCAACCUAAUCAAAGAGGGAAUUGAUGCUCUUGCCGUCUGUGGAGGUGACGGUUCCCUAACUGGCGCGGACCUAUUUCGCUCCGAAUGGCCUUCUCUCGUGUCACAGCUGCUCACUCAGGGUGUGAUCACAGAAGAGCAGGCAGAGAAGCACGGACAUCUCAAGAUUGUUGGCCUUGUUGGCUCGAUUGACAAUGAUAUGAGCAUGACAGAUCUGACCAUCGGUGCACCGACAGCAUUACACCGUAUUUGCGAAGCCAUCGAUAACAUUAAUUCGACUGCUGCAAGUCAUUCGCGUGCAUUUGUGUUAGAGGUGAUGGGGAGACACUGCGGCUGGCUCGCCUUGCUUGCUGGCGUCAGUUCUGGUGCAGACUUUAUCUUUAUCCCUGAACGCCCGCCUCAAACUAUCCCUGGGGGGACCUGGGAGGAUGACAUGUGUGAAGCCAUUCGUGGCCACAGAGAAGCUGGCAAGCGUAAAACAAUCGUCAUCGUCGCCGAGGGUGCGCUUGAUGAGAAUCUUCAGCCUAUUCGUGCAGAAUACGUCAAAGAAGUCCUUACUGAACGUCUUGGGCUUGAUACGCGUGUCACAACUCUUGGACACACCCAACGUGGUGGCAGGCCUUGCGCUUUUGAUCGGAUUCUGCCGACACUACAAGGCGAGGAAGCCGUUAAGGCACUCCUAGAGGCCACGCCUGACACUCCUUCGUACAUGAUCGGUGUAAGGGAGAAUAAAAUAAUCCGUGUGCCACUCAUGGAGGCGGUGGCGAUGACCCGUGCGGUAGCUGAUGCAAUCGGCGCAAAGGACUUCGCAAAAGCAAUGUCCAUGCGUGACCCCGAGUUUUACCAGAGCUUGGAGGGUUUCUUUGCCACCUCGACGCUAUUCAAAGAGAAGCAACUGCCUCACUACAGAGUAAUACGUCCUUGUACACUAUACCUCACAAAAUGUGGUCUCAUUCUACGUAGCAUGGGCGCCCCAGCUGGUGGUAUGAAUGCGGCCACCCGAGCUGCAGUACGUUACUGUAUCAAGCAAGGUCAUCACCCGCUUGCAGUGCACAAUGGCUUCCGCGGUCUGCUUGACGACAACAUUCACGAGCUUUCUUGGCUGGGUGUCGAUGCCUGGACCUCUCGUGGCGGUUCUGAGCUUGGCACAAACCGUACCCUCCCAGAUGUUGACCUCGGUGCAGUGGCUGCACGUUUCCAAGAACACAACUUUCACGCACUCUUGAUGAUCGGCGGUUUUGAGGCAUUUAACGCGCUCCUAAUCCUUGAGACUGGGCGGAAGCACUACCCUGCAUUCCACAUCCCAAUGGCCCAUCUCCCGGCUACGAUAUCAAAUAACGUGCCGAUGACGGAGUUCAGCUUGGGUAGCGACACAAGUUUGAACGCGCUUGUUGAUGCAUGCGACUCGAUCAAGCAGAGUGCAAGUGCGAGUAGGAAUCGGGUGUUUGUGGUUGAGACGCAAGGUGGCAAGUGUGGGUACCUUGCCACCAUGGGCGCGUUGGCCGUGAGUAAUCUGUUACUGAUGUCCGGAGAGUCUGAAUUUGAUGAGACGUUAAAUUUCCUGAAGAUCCGCUAUGGGCUAGAUGCCAAGGGCAAGAGUGAAGGUCGUAUGGUCAUUCGCAAUGAGUGCGCGUCGACGGUCUACACCACUGAUGUCGUGACGAAGAUGUUCAAGGAAGAAGGCGGUAACCUUUUCGAUGCUCGUUCCGCCUCCCUUGGACACACCUUACAGGGUGGGGUCCCAUCACCUAUGGAUCGCGCACGUGCCGCGCGUCUAUCUUUGCGAUGCAUGGCAUUCCUUGAAGAGCAUCACGAUGCCCUACAGAAACAAGUUGGCAAAGUGAAGCAGGCGCCGCCUGAAAGUGCUGCAGUUAUCACAAUACAAGGGUCUGCUCUUGAAUGGGUACCGGUCCAGGAGAUGGUGCAACACGCAGAUAUGAAGAACCGCAGAGGAAAGACAGCUUGGUGGGCGGAGAUCAAGGACCUUGUGGAAGCACUGGUCGGACGGCCUGAAAUUUUGUGAGUUACCCAGAGGAACAGGGAAAUCAGUGUCGUAUGUGUUAUCUUUGUAUACGUAUAUAGGUGUUUAUAUUCGCUUUCCGGUUUAUUGAUAGAUGGUUGGUAGUUACAGAUACGAGCAGAAUGAUAUCAUUUAUCCACUCAAUCGUCGU